AUGGACAUACCUGCUAACUUAGAGGCUCGGAGACGUAUUUCAUUCUUUGCUACUUCACUUUUCACUGAUAUGCCCAUUGCUCCUAAAGUGCGGAAUAUGCUGUCUUUCAGUGUAUUAACUCCACACUUCAAGGAAGAUAUUAUUUAUUCAACAGAUGAAGUUCAUUCAAGCAAGGAAGGGGUUUCCAUCUUAUUUUACAUGCAGAGGAUUUAUCCAGAUGAGUGGAAAAACUUUUUGGAACGCAUGGGAUGUGAAAGUUUGGAUGGAUUAAAAGAUGAAACCAUGAGGGAUGAGCUCAGAAAUUGGGCUUCUUUCCGGGGUCAAACAUUGAGCAGAACGGUUAGAGGAAUGAUGUACUAUAGAGAAGCUUUAAGAGUUCAAGCAUUUCUUGAUAUGGCCGACAACGAAGAUAUUCUUGAAGGUUAUGAUGGUGCUGAAAGAAAUAAUCGUACAUUAUUUGCUCAGUUAGAUGCGUUAGCAGACUUGAAAUUCACAUAUGUCAUUUCUUUUCAAAUGUUUGGAUCACAAAAGUCCUCUGGAGAUCCCCAUGCUCAAGACAUAAUUGACUUGAUGAACAGGUACCCCUCUGUCCGUGUUGCUUACGUUGAAGAGAAAGAAGAGAUUGUGAAUGAUAAAAUUCAAAAGGUUUAUUCUUCUAUAUUGGUUAAAGCAGUCAAUGGUCUUGAUCAGGAAAUUUAUCGCAUAAAACUUCCUGGAUCACCAAAUAUUGGAGAAGGGAAACCAGAAAAUCAAAAUCAUGCCAUAAUCUUUACACGUGGUGAAGCUCUUCAAACAAUCGAUAUGAACCAAGAUAAUUAUUUGGAAGAAGCUUUAAAAAUGAGAAACCUUCUACAAGAAUUUCUUCGGCAGCGAGGACGACGACCUCCAACUAUACUUGGCUUAAGGGAACACAUAUUCACUGGAAGGUUAUUCCGCCUUUGCCUUAAAUUACACAAAUAG